GAGAAGGAGGAAGGUGGAUUUCCUAGUUGUAGGAAAGUAGCUGACAUACAUAGGCAAUUUGGGGGUUCCCCUCUCCCAAUUCAGCCAGAGACCAACCAAAGUGAAACUUCCUGGGGCAGUUGGGAGUUUGGAAAUGCAGUCUGUCCCUGGGACAAGAACUCCUCUUCAUACAAAUAGGAAAACCAAGGGUGGGAGGACACAGCUUGCCCAAGGUCAUUCAGCCAGCAAACUGCAGAGCUGACCCCACUGUGCAAGAACGCAGCUUGGGUGACUUCUAGCACACCCAUUAAGUCCUCCCAACCCACACAGGGGUCAGCUCUCCAGCUUCAUGCCCAGUCCCUCGCUGCACACACCUGGGUUCUCUACACUUAACCCUCAGCCCAAAUUCCUCCUGCCUAUACAAGAGACCCUCUGCCUCCUUCAGUGAGGCCCCCGUGGCUGGGUCUGGCAGCAGGAUCUCCUGUUUCCUAUCCUGGGGGCCACUAUACACAUUUUGGAGAACAAUGUCUCCCAACCCCCAUCCAGGGUUCCCUCUCUCCAAUCUCUGCUGUAGCUCCCAUAUCCCCAAUUUAGGGUAGUCCCACCGUCCUCCCCAACUCCAUGUCCCCCGCUCCUAUUUCGCCGCAGGCCGCAGAGUUUCUUGAGCCCUCUCCUGGUGUCUCCUCUAGCGCUAUUAGAACACUGUACAGUCAGGAGCCUCCUUAUAUCCUCUGUUGCAUCUAUGACCCUAUUCAGGUUGCCUGGCUCCCUCCCCUAUUCCGGGAGGCUGCGGAGUCUCUGAACCCCCUAUCCUGAAAGUCUCUCUAAAUACUAGGAAAACGUGUGUCCUCUGUCAUGCAGGAAUCCCCUUAUCCUAACAACAGCAGAGUCUUUCACUACUUCAUCCCUAGAGCACCCUUCCCCCAUUCCUAUUAGUUUUCCUUCUCCUCUCCCUAUUCUGGGCCCCUCUCUUAUUACAUACACACUAGCAGGGGCUUCAGACCCUCACCGGAAGUACCCCCGGUCCACUCCGGUAGUCCUCUACAUGCUGCCCCCACCUCGGGGGUCGCUUCUGAUGCUGCGGGGGUUCCCCUUCACUCCUUGGUCCCCUGCCCCGCCCCUCUCACUGCGGCGGAGCCGGUCUGCCCCCGGCCGCAGGGGAGGAGGCUGAGAGGGCGGGGCCGUCCUCCCCACCCCCUCACUGCCAAGGGGCUGGACCGGGCCGCAGCAACUAUAAAAGGGCCAGCGUCCCGGUGCUGCCGCAGUGUCACCCGCCCCGUCCCAGCCCCGCGCUUCGGCGGCCCGCACCUGCUCCGGCCAUGAUGAGCUUCGGCGGCGCGGACGCGCUGCUGGGCACCCCGUUCGCGCUGCUUCACGGAGGCGGUGGUCUCCACUAUGCGCUGGCCCGCAAGGGCGGCGCGGGCGGGACGCGCUCGGCAGCCGGCUCCUCCAGCGGCUUCCACUCCUGGACGCGGACGUCCGUGAGCUCCGUGUCUGCCUCGCCCAGCCGCUUCCGCGGCGCAGCCGCCACCUCGAGCACCGACUCUCUAGAUACGCUGAGCAAUGGGCCAGAGGGCUGCGUGGUGGCGGCGGCCGCGGCGCGCAGCGAGAAGGAGCAGCUGCAGGCACUAAACGACCGCUUCGCGGGCUACAUCGACAAGGUGCGGCAGCUGGAGGCGCACAACCGCAGCCUGGAGGGCGAGGCAGCGGCGCUGCGGCAGCAGCAGGCGGGCCGCGCCGCCAUGAGCGAGCUGUACGAGCGCGAGGUGCGCGAGAUGCGCGGGGCAGUGCUGCGCCUGGGCGCCGCGCGCGGCCAGUUGCGCCUGGAGCAGGAGCACCUGCUGGAGGAUAUCGCGCACGUGCGCCAGCGCCUCGACGACGAGGCCCGGCAGCGGGAGGAGGCUGAGGCCGCAGCGCGCGCACUAGCUCGCUUCGCGCAGGAGGCCGAAGCGGCGCGCGUCGAACUGCAGAAGAAGGCGCAGGCGCUGCAAGAAGAGUGCGGCUACCUGCGGCGCCACCACCAGGAGGAGGUGGGCGAGCUCCUCGGCCAGAUCCAGGGCUGCGGUGCCGCGCAGGCGCAAGCGCAGGUCGAAGCGCGUGACGCCCUCAAAUGCGAUGUGACGUCGGCGCUGCGUGAGAUCCGCGCGCAGCUAGAAGGCCACACGGUGCAGAGCACUCUGCAGUCUGAGGAGUGGUUCCGAGUGAGGCUGGACCGUCUGUCAGAGGCGGCCAAGGUGAACUCAGAUGCUAUGCGCUCAGCCCAGGAGGAGAUAACUGAGUACCGGCACCAGCUGCAGGCCAGGACCACAGAGCUGGAAACGCUGAAAAGCACCAAGGACUCACUGGAGAGGCAGCGCUCUGAUAUGGAGGACCGUCAUCAGGCUGACAUUGCAUCCUACCAGGAAGCCAUUCAGCAGCUAGACGCUGAGCUGAGGAACACUAAGUGGGAGAUGGCAGCUCAGCUGCGAGAGUACCAGGACCUGCUCAAUGUCAAGAUGGCUCUGGAUAUUGAGAUAGCUGCUUACAGAAAACUUCUGGAGGGUGAAGAAUGUCGGAUUGGCUUUGGCCCCAGUCCUUUCUCCCUUCCUGAAGGACUGCCCAAAAUCCCCUCCACACCCACUCACAUAAAGGUCAAAAGCGAAGAGAAGAUCAAGGUGGUAGAAAAGUCAGAGAAGGAAACUGUGAUUGUGGAGGAACAGACAGAAGAGAUCCAGGUGACAGAAGUGACUGAAGAUGAAGAGAAAGAGGCCAAAGAGGAGGAGGGCAAGGAGGGAGAAGAGGAGAAAGCAGAAGAGGGAGAAGAAGAAGCAAAAUCUCCCCCAGCAGAAGAAGCUGCAUCCCCAGAGAAGGAAGCCAAGACCCCUGUGAAGGAUGAGGCUAAGUCUCCCGAGAAGGCCAAGUCCCCAGUGAAGGAAGAGGCAAAGUCUCCAGCUGAGGUCAAAUCCCCUGAGAAGGCCAAAUCACCAGUGAAGGAGGAAGCAAAAUCUCCACCUGAGGUCAAGUCCCCCGAGAAGGCCAAGUCUCCAGCUAAGGUCAAGUCCCCUGAGAAGGUCAAGUCCCCAGUAAAAGAAGAGGCCAAGUCCCCUGAGAAGGCCAAAUCACCAAUAAAGGAGGAAGCAAAAUCUCCAGCUGAGGUCAAGUCCCCUGAGAAAGCCAAGUCUCCAGUGAAGGAAGAAGCAAAAUCUCCAGCUGAGGUCAAGUCCCCUGAGAAAGCCAAGUCUCCAGUGAAGGAAGAAGCAAAAUCUCCAGCUGAGGUCAAGACCCCUGAGAAGGCCAAGUCCCCAGUGAAGGAAGAAGCAAAAUCUCCAGCUGAGGUCAAAACCCCUGAGAAGGCCAAGUCCCCAGUGAAGGAAGAAGCCAAAUCUGCAGCUGAGAUCAAGUCCCCUGAGAAGGCCAAGUCCCCAGUGAAGGAAGAGGCCAAAUCUCCAGCUGACGUCAAAUUCCCUGAGAAGGCCAAGACUCUUGAUGUAAAGUCUGCAGAAGAAGCCAAGACCCCAGUGAAGGAGGAAGCAAGAUCCCCAGCAGAUGUCAAAUCCCCUGAGAAGGCCAAAAGCCCUGCCAAAGAGGAAGUCAAGUCCCCAGAGAAGGUCAAAUCUCCUGUGAAGGAGGAUGCCAAGGCCCCUGAGAAGGAGAUCCCAAAGAAGGAAGAGGUGAAGUCUCCCAGGAAGGAGGAGGAGAAGCCCCAGGAGGCAAAAGCCAAAGAGCCCCCAAAGAAAGUGGAGGAAGAAAAAGCUCCAGUCACGCCCAAGGCUGAGAAGAAGGACAGCAAGAAAGAUGAGGGGCCCAAGGCUGAGGAGAAGGAACCUGCUAUAGAAAAGCCCAAAGAAUCCAAAGGUGAAGCCAAGAAGGAAGAGGCUGAAGAUAAGAAAAAAACAAUAACCCCAGAGAAGGAGGCUCCUGCCAAGGUAGAAGUAAAGGAAGACGCUAAACCCAAAGAGAAGACUGAGGUGGCCAAGAAGGAACCAGAUGAUGCCAAGGCCAAAGAACCCAGCAAACCAGCAGAGAAGGAGCCAGAAAAGCCAAAGAAGGAAGAGACAACAGCAGUGCCAGAGAAAAAGGACACCAAGGAGGAGAAGGCUGCAGAGGCCAAGAAGCCUGAGGAGAAACCCAAAAUGGAAGCCAAAGCCAAGGAAGAGGACAAGGCCCCCUCCAAAGAGCCCAGCAAGGAGGCUCCCACACCCAGCAAACCCAAGACUGAAAAGGCUGAAAAAUCCUCUAGCACAGACCAAAAAGACGGCAGGUCCUCAGAGAAGGCUACAGAAGACAAGGCUGCCAAGGUUGAGAAGUAAGUUCUGGGAGGAAGGAAUGUCCAGAACAGCCAAAGAAACUCAGGAAGGUCCUGGAGACUCGUGGGUUGGUGUAACAAAUAUUCAUUUUUUUUCUCUUUACUUUAUGUAAGAAGAAACUCUGCUGAGAUGAUGGGCCCUCCUUCACCAAGCAGGAAUUUCCGUUAGCAAUAUGUUAGCAAGAGACGGCACUCCCAGCCCCCCGCCCCGACAUCCCAAACUCUCCCCAGUGAUGGACAAUUAUGAUAGCUUCCGUAGCUGAAUAUGAUACAUGCAGAAUGCUACACGUAAACACUUGACUAUAAAAACUGCCCCCCUUCUUUCCAAAUAAGUGCAUUUAUAUCCUCUAUGUGCAAUUGACAGAUGAUCACAAUAAUGAAUGAGCAGUUAGAAAUACAUUAUGCUUGAGAUGUCUUAACCUAUUUCCAAAUGCCUUGUUUUCAAAAGGAGUGGUCAAGCCCUUGACUGGAGCUCUCAGUUCUGGAAGAGCUAAGUGGAUAGGACUGGGCACUGGCCACUGAAUCAUGCCAGGGCAUACAGGGAGUCCACUUUCAAUUGCUUCUGUGCAAUAAAACCAAGUGCUUAUAAAAU